CUCCUCCUCCUCCUCCUCCUCCUCCUCCUCCUUCUCCUCGGGCGGCGGCGGCGGCGGCGGCCGCGGCGGGCGGCGAGAUGCACCCCAGCGCCCCCAGCUACCCCACGGCCUCGCUGUACGUGGGGGACCUGCACCCCGAGGUGAGCGAGGCGAUGCUGUACGAGAAGUUCAGCCCGGCCGGGCCCAUCCUCUCCAUCCGCGUCUGCAGGGACAUGAUCACCAGGCGCUCCCUGGGCUACGCCUAUGUCAACUUCCAGCAGCCGGCGGAUGCCGAGAGAGCCCUGGAGACCAUGAAUUUCGAUGUCAUCAAGGGCAAGCCGGUGCGCAUCAUGUGGUCCCAGAGGGACCCCUCCCUCCGCAAAAGCGGCGUGGGCAACAUCUUCAUCAAAAACCUGGACAAGUCCAUCGACAACAAGGCUCUGUUCGAUACCUUCUCCGCCUUCGGCAACAUCCUGUCCUGCAAGGUGGUGUGCGACGAGAACGGCUCCAAGGGCUACGGGUUCGUGCACUUCGAGACCCGCGAGGCGGCCGAGAGGGCCAUCGACAAGAUGAACGGCAUGCUCCUGAACGACCGCAAGGUCUUCGUGGGCCGCUUUAAGUCCCGCAAAGAGAGGGAGGCCGAGCUGGGGGCCAGGGCCAAAGAGUUCACCAACGUUUACAUCAAGAACUUCGGGGAGGACAUGGACGAUCUGAGGCUCAAGAGGCUCUUCGGUAAGUUCGGGCCCGCCCUCAGCGUCAAAGUCAUGACGGACGAGAGCGGCACGUCCAAAGGCUUCGGCUUCGUGAACUUCGAGAGGCACGAGGACGCCCAGAAGGCCGUGGAGGAGAUGAACGGCAAGGAGCUGAACGGGAAGAAGAUCUACGUGGGCCGGGCUCAGAAAAAGGUCGAGCGCCAGACGGAACUCAAGCGCAAGUUCGAGCAGAUGAAGCAGGACCGCAUCACCAGGUACCAGGGGGUGAACCUGUACGUGAAGAAUCUGGACGACGGCAUCGACGACGAGCGCCUGCGCAAAGAGUUCUCCCCCUUCGGGACCAUCACCAGCGCCAAGGUGAUGAUGGAAGGGGGCCGCAGCAAAGGCUUCGGCUUCGUCUGCUUCUCCUCCCCCGAGGAGGCCACCAAAGCCGUCACGGAGAUGAACGGCCGGAUCGUGGCCACCAAGCCCCUGUACAUAGCCUUGGCCCAGCGCAAAGAGGAGCGGCAGGCCCACCUCACGAACCAGUACAUGCAGAGGAUGGCCAGCGUCCGGGCCGUGCCCAACCCCGUGAUCAACCCUUACCAGCCUCCCUCGGGCUACUUCAUGGCGGCCAUCCCCCAGGCGCAGAACCGCCCCGCCUACUAUCCCCCCGGCCAGAUCGCCCCUCUCAGACCCAGUCCCCGGUGGACGGCCCAGGGGGCCAGGCCUCAUCCGUUCCAAAACAUGCCCGGGGCCAUCCGGCCGGCGGCUCCCAGGCCCCCGUUCGGGACCAUGAGGCCGUCUUCCUCGCAGGUGCCAAGGGCCAUGUCCUCCCGGGUCUCCAACGCCACCUCGCAGAGCAUGGGCCCCCGCGCGGCCGCGGGGUCCGCCUCCGCGGGGACCCCAGCCGUGCGUUCGGCGCCCCAGUACAAGUACGCCGCUGGCGUGCGCAAUCCCCAGCAGCACCUGAACCCGCCGCCUCAGGUGACCCUGCAGCAGCCCGCCGUCCACGUGCAGGGUCAGGAGCCGCUCACGGCUUCCAUGUUGGCCGCCGCCCCUCCACAGGAGCAGAAGCAGAUGCUGGGAGAACGGCUGUUCCCGCUCAUCCAGGCCAUGCACCCGACCCUGGCCGGUAAGAUCACUGGCAUGUUGCUGGAGAUCGACAACUCGGAGCUUCUCCACAUGCUCGAGUCCCCGGAGUCUCUGCGGUCCAAGGUCGACGAAGCGGUGGCGGUGCUGCAAGCUCACCAGGCGAAAGAGGCCGCCCAGAAAGCGGUCAACAGUGCUCCCGACGUGCCUCCUGUCUAAAAGGAAAGAUGAGGGACCGGGGGAUGGAAGGUCUGCUUCCUCACAGAAAAGAAACAUCAAAAGACUUAAAAUGUUG